CAUACGUCAAAUUCGCGCCGAAUUUUAUCUUUAUAAGCCGUUUUAACUUUAAAGUUUUGUAGAAAACAUUACUAUUUGGUUCAAUUUUUGUUAAAUGUGUAAAUUGCCUUACAGUCUUUAAAUAAAACGUGAUAGGUAGUUUUAUAAAUUAAGUUUCGACUUAAGCAAAAUGUGGAAUGAUCAAUCGAGAACUGAUGGUGGAUUCUUCAACAGUCAAAACGAAUUUGGAAAUGUAACUAACACUCCCAACCAAAGGCAAAAGUCUGCGAGACGUGCUUCACGCACUGCCCCAAUUGUUAUUAAACAGGCUUUAAAUUGUGGGGACGAAGGAAUUAAAAUAUGGGGCACAGAAAUACAAAUUGUGUCAAUUGUUGCUCGUGUUCAAAAUAUUAGAGAACAAAGUACCAAAAUCACAUACACAAUACAAGAUAUAACUGGUAGGAUGAAAGCUGUUCUCUGGUUAGAACAAGAAUCAAUGGAUGAAAAUGAUCAGUCAACACCCAAAGUUCAUGUUAAUGAUUACAUACAAAUUUACGGCAAUGUUAAAACCAAUAAAGGUAGAAAGGUUCUGAUGGCAUUCAAAAUUAUGCCCAUAACUGAUGUCAACGCCAUUACAUUCCAUUACUUGCAGUGUCUCAACAACAAACUUAAGUUGCAACCUGGUAUGAAAAAGGAUGUGGAACCUAUUGGUAAUAAUUCUUCGAUGAUGGGUGGAUUGCCGUCCAACUCGAUGGUAGGAAUGAAUGAUAACAUGUCAUUCAAUGGAUUGAAUGUCCGUCAAGUGAUGGUCUACAAACUGAUAUCAUCGGCUGCAUCAGACCAGGGUAUAAGCAAGCAGGAAUUGCUAUCGAACUUGAGGGAUCGUAUGACUGAAGUUGAACUGGAGAAUAUUCUGGAAUUCAUGUGCAACGAAGGUCAUACUUAUUCAACUAUUGAUGAAGAGCACUUCAGGGCUACUUAAUACAAACAAUACUAUUUCACAAACUAUUUUUUUAUACAUUACUGAAAUAAAGAUGAAAGUGUAAAA